CGUCAAGUCAGUCGGGAGGUCCUGACUUGGAACGAAAGGCAGGCCGCCUUAGUACCGCCGUUUAAACACGCGACCAAGAAAACCAGGCCAGGUCGCCGGCUGAAACAGUAAAACACCCCUGUGCUAGUCUACAACUUGACCAGGGGUGGGUUCCCAACGUUUACUGUAGUAGCCUUGGGGGGAUCAAAUCAAACCAAAUUGUUCGGUGCCUAUGAGAUCUCCGGUUUCCUGACCGAUGACGAGAUGGCAGAACGAAUCCGCUGCAGAAAAUUCAAUCGUUCCCUUUGCCUUCGCAUGGUCUAAUAUUAGCGUGCUGUAUUUUGGGGACGCUUACGACGACGCUUCAUCUACCCGACACCAAAGGUGACAGAUCGCGACAGUAUCAAUUCGCAAUUCGUGUCCCACGGCGAACUGACGUAACAAAAAAGCGGGUUCGGACACCAAAACUCAUUCCCGGCAACUUCGACUCGGGGGACGACCACAACCGAUCCGAAUGAACAUCCAACGGCGGACGGAUUCAUGAUUGCGAAAUCUUUGCUUGGCUCCAAAGACGCGGAACCGCCGUUGAUACGGGGCUCAUCUUUGCUUUGAACCCACCGAUCCCCCAACAAUACGUCGGGAAUCGCAAGCAACAGGAUGGCGGCGGAACCGGCACUUGCGACGGACCUGGCCGCCUCCAGAGAUCGUGUACCACAACACAGCCGACAGUCAUCGACGCGGAGGACGAGGUCGCUGUCGACCGGCAGGAUGUUGGAGGACGCUGCGGCGCCCAGGGGCGCCGGUAACCUGCUGAAGAGGUUUGGCCUGGCCAAGUUUGCGCGCAGGACGCUGGGGAUUAUGCUGUUGUCGGUGACGGUGCUCUUAUGGACUGUUUCGAACUUUCUUGCCAGUUAUAUUUUCUCCGACAACACAUACAGCAAACCCUUCUUCGUGGUGUAUUGCAACUCGUCCGUAUUUGCGCUCUCUUUAAUACCCAUGGUUAUCAAAUAUAUACAAAAGAACGGCAUAGACGGGCUGCGCAACGCGGCCGUGGAGCUGUGGAGGGAGCAGAAGCGAUGCGGGCUCAGGGCGGGUCCCCCCAGAGGCCAAUCGAAGCAGACAGGGGGCGAGGCGGACGGCAGCGAGGACGAGGAGAGGCUUCUGGUGGAUGACGAGCCCAGCCUGGAGUCGUUCGAGGGCGCUAUUGAAGCGCGCGAGGAGCGGCUCGACUUUAGGGGCACGGCGUGGCUGAGCCUCGAGUUCAGCAUGCUCUGGUUCGUGGCCAACUACUUUGCUUCGGCCUGCCUCGAGUAUACGAGCGUCGGCAGUGUGACGAUUCUGACCUCGACCAGCAGCGUCUGGACGCUCAUCUUUUGCGCCGUCAUGGGCGUCGAAGGGUUUUCGUUGCGCAAGCUGGCCGGGGUCAUGGCCAGUCUCGCGGGCGUGGUGCUCAUCUCCACGGUGGACUUGAGCGGACGCAGCGACGAGGACAGGGGUAACUUUCCGCAUAAGUCUCAGCUCGAGAUCGCCAUCGGGGACUCGAUGGCAUUUGUCAGCGCCAUCAUCUACGGUCUAUACGUUACGGUUAUGAAGAGGCGGGUGGGCAACGAGGACAGGGUUAAUAUGCCCCUGUUCUUUGGGCUUGUGAGCCUGUUGAACUUGCUGCUCCUGUGGCCCAUGUUUAUCUUUUUGCAUUUUACUGGGAUAGAGACUUUCCAAUUACCCCCAAGCGGGAAGAUAUGGGCAAUUAUUAUUGCCAACUCAUUAUCGUCGUUCGUGAGCGACAUGUCAUGGGCAUACGCCAUGCUGCUCACCACGCCCCUCGUGGUGACGGUGGGCUUGUCACUCACAAUUCCUCUGUCUCUCAUCGGCGAGAUGAUUCAGUACCAGCAAUUUUCGAGCUGGAUAUACUGGGUCGGAGCUGCGAUAGUGUUGCUCUCUUUUGUGUUUAUCAAUCACGAAAGUCACGAGGACGACGAGUCGGUCCGAGAUCGCAGGCGAGAGGAGGCGGCAGCAGCAUCAGGUAGCAGCUCGAUUGCCGUCUAAGCCCACCGAGAAGUGGGUUAGAUAUAUGAUUGGUCCUCCUCAGGGGUCACUAUAUGACAUUUUCUUUAGUUCAAAGAGGACACGGGCAUCUGCAUUGUUUUAUAUGGCGCAUAUUUGUAUAUAUUGGGUCUUUUUAUCUGGAAGGUUUUGUGUCAGCGGUCAGACACUAGAUCUAGCUCUAGAGUGAGGUUCGCAUAAUCAGCGCUAAGCAUGAUAUAGCCCUUUUCGGACGAUUUUCAUUCAAUUUGACUAUGUAUCCAAGC